AUGUACCAGGUGGGAGUGAAGGUGGAUGAGACGCUCCUCAAAUCAGAGGUGGCACUUCUCACAGGUGGGAGGGACAUCAGUGGCCAUCCCGUCAUCACUUUCCCAGCCUCUAAUGUGGACAAGCUUGCCGAGAUCGGAUCUGCUGGGCUGGUUCAGCUGAUCAGAUACUACUUCAGUGUCAGCAAGGUCUCCGAUCAGCAGCAAGGCUUUGCUUUCGUGGCUGAUCUCCAGUUGGCCAGUCAGGAGGGCCACCAAGUCUUGGUGGAGGCGUUAGAAUUUUUACAGUCGGAAAAGAAAGGAUGCGUGGCAAAUGUUUACUUUCUCAAACCAAAGUCCAGGACGAAGUCGAGGGUUUUGAAGAAGCUUCUUGGCCUGAAAGAAAGCAAGAAGAACCCCAAAGUAUCUUCAUUCCCAUGUACCCCGAUGAAAGCUCAGAGUGAACUGUACAGCCGGAUAGACCGGACGCAGUUGACGGAGGAUCUAGGCGGGACUUUACACCACAACCAUCAGGCUUGGUUACAGUUUCAUUAUAUGAUCGACCCUCUAAUGGAGUCGGUGAUGCGAUGUCAGAGCCACCUGCCCGCGGCUCGCGACAAGGUACAGCUGUUACAGGACUACGACACGGCCGGGCUAUCCUCCUACCAACUGCAGACACUGGUGAAGGAACUAGAAGACAAGUACCACGCUAUCAUGAGAGAACUGGAUGUAGAAUCGGCAAUCGACUGGUGCAAGCAGAUGAUCCAGCGAUUGGAGAAGCCAGAUGGAGAAGUCGUUCUAUCUCAAGUAUCCCCGCUGAUGCUGGCGGACACCAUCACCCUGCUCAAACAGGCCACGGCAGAUUUAGUGAGGAGCAGAGAAGAGAUGGCGACGGUUUGGAAGGACACAGAAAGUCACUUCCAGAGACUACACCAACUUUUUCACUUCAAAAGAGAAACGACUGCGCUAUGUGACGACAUCGCUCGACUGUGGUUACCAAAGGUGGAGCAGCCAGCAAACAUUGGGACGACACUGAGUCAUGCGGAAAUGUACAGGACAUAUUUCGUCACUAGUCUGUAUGAUCCAGCUAAAAUGUUGGUUAGCCAGGCCACAGAACUCUUAGAAGGAAUCCAUGAACUCCGCCGGGAAACUCCCAGCCUAGAAAGCGAGCUGGACUUCUUACCUGGCCUCACUCAACUUGUACAGACGUUCGCCGAGAAACUAGAAAGACUCCACAAUACAUAUAUGGCCAUCCAUAUCUUCUUCCUCAUGUUUGAGAAGUUGGCGCAGUGGUAUCAGAAAGUCCUCCGUUUCUUCCCAUCCACUUUGGCUGGCCAGGUGGAAAAGGCCAAGAAGCAAGGGAAGUCUUCUAUACCAGUUCUGCCCAAAUGGGCCCAAGCCGUGCGAAGUUUCCUGAACAAACACCCAGGCCCACGGAAUGAGCACAUCGGGCGAAUAGAGUACCCAGUCUCCAUACUACCAGAUGCUCAGCUGUGCAGCCAAGCCAGGCUCCUGGCACACAGGAUACGAAGUUUAAACAAGCUAUUGACCAGUACACAGCAGUUUCCACUGUCCGAGAUCUCUAACGCUCUCAUAUGGAAGAGGAGGUCUCUUGAGGGCAACGAUGACAUUGUGAUACCGAGUCAGGUGGACCCACCGCUAAAUAAGUCGUACAACACAGAGAGGGACUUGGACAGGGAAGUCGCGGAUAUUGGCGACUGCACCUCCAGGGAUGAAGUCAAAUCUGACCUGUUGGAGCGACCUGCCACAGCACUAGGGAUAACAGAUAAGAAAAACCAGUCCGUGACAUUCGCGGAUGAUCUGGAGACCACUCAGGACAGCAUACCAGCAAAGAGAGAAAUUUCCAAGUCAAGCCAGGAUUUGACCCACCAGAACGCUGUAGAGAACCAUGCAGAACAAGGGAUGCGAACAGCGUCAAGUUUUGAUAUUCUCACCGAAAAUGGAACCAGCAGCCUACGAAUGAAGGGAGAGCGUUUUGUUUCUCUGGGAUAUGGUUCAGAACUUCCAAGCCUCAGUUCCCGCUAUUUGCACGGAACUUUACCAAAAUCUAAUCGUUUUAAGCUGCCGCCUUCGGAGCUGGAGAAGAUCUUUGAGCGGCCCGUAGCGCCUUUACCUAACACGGGCACUGUUGUCGAGCAGCUCCAGCAGAUUAUGAACAGCGGCCUGUCAGCGGACGAGAAACUCCAACAUGCCCAACUCGUGCUCCAGGCUUCCACAGCUAAUCAACCACCUCAAAGUCCAUUCGUACUGGGAGGAAAUCUCAGCAACCAACGAUACUCAUUCCAAGGCAGUAAUUCCCAUGCAUUUUAUGACCUCUCACCUCGACACACUGCAGUCACGGAUUGGACAAAAUUGUCUGAGCAGGAUACCUAUGGAACUUUAACAAAAUCCAUGCCCAAUCUGGAUGAAGUAGCAACAAAUGGUCGGAUGAAUAGAAAACCGCCUGCCUAUAAUCUGGCAACAGCACUUAAUGGUCAUAAUUCAGAAGUGGAAUUAUCAAGUGGUUUCAACAGUAGUCCGUCACCGAAUGAUAGGUCUGGACCGCAAGAAGUGAAAUCGGCCCGUGAGCUGAGGUCAGCCCAGCGUGUUGACGACUGGGUGGAGCAACAUGCUCAGACCGUCCAUCAGCACUGUCAUAACCUGGACGCCGAUGCAGAAACGGACGAUGGUUAUUCCGAUGGUUCGACAGAACGACAGAGGCGAAGGCAAAGGAAGUCAAGACAGGACAGAAUGAAGGAUGAUACCGAUCAGUCUGAUAAUGCACGCUACGGAGACCUUCUACUGGAAACACGCAACCAAGAUGAGGUGGAGUCCAGCCUCCGCAGGGCACAGAAAAUACUGGAGGACGAGGAAUUAAACCUCAAGGAAAGACAGGCGAAGUACAGAAACGAGCAUCAAGUUGAAAACCCUCCCGCAUUCCACAGACGAGACUCUAACGAGGUCACGUCUGCUCUUUCGCUGGAUGAGUCUGCGGAUCUGCCGGACAGCGAUCAGAUUGACUCGCCAGGGCUUAGUCUCGAUUCCUCCAAGUCGGACAGGACCGUGCCUUCUGUGUCCACAGACCAUGGGUAUAACAGUAGUAGCACGCAACCCGACGGAAAUUCCAAGAAAAAAUCAAUUUUCAGAAAGCACAAGUCAUCGCCAAAUCAUGAUGAGAUAACCCGUACAAUAAGCAGCGAUUCUACAGGCACCAUGACAUCCCAGGACCCUUCCCCAACACCCGACAUGUCUACACCCGCGCCGUCAUUCCUCUCCUCCAUGCUACCAGUUCGGACAUCCCCACUGAAUCUCAAGGAGAGACGAAAAUCCAUCUUACGUCAGGCCAUACCGACAUCCCCGAUUCCACAAGAGAAAGACGACACAGCCCCCGACACAGCCCCUAACCAGCUCCGUCGGGCCGUGCACAUGCCCGUCAUUAGAGGGUCAUGCGUUUCAUGUCCUCUUCAGCCAUCAAAAAGUAUGCAAGAUUUGCUGUCCAUAGGCGAAAAUGAUAACACAGGGCCGUUGAAACUUCGAUCGGCAGGAGCGAAGACAAGGGCUGCCCGAAGUAACCGAAGGUUGUCCUUGAUAACUUUCUCACCGAACCAGAAGGAUAUUUCGAGACAGAACGAGGCGCUGGCGGUUCAUAACAGAAGAUUGAGCAUGGAAACCAUCGUUGAGGUGCCUAAACAGGAAGAGACUGUGUUUCGUGACAGCGCCGAGGCGCGGGCUCAGAGACGAAGGCGAAAGCGAUCUGACUUAAAGUUAGGUUCACUGGGAGAGAUGAUUGGGACCAGACGGUCAUCUCAGCUCUCGUCUUCAGAUUCCUUGGCUAAAGGUCGUGACGAAGACAGCUCUACCAGCAACUCCGAGGGCCGUUCCCAGAGGAGUCGAACCAGCAAAUCAAGCCACAGAAAUAGCUCUGGUUCGGAAACAGAAAGGGUCGGGCAAACUGAAAGCUCAGAACCCUGGGACUGGAACACCAAACCUGGACCUUCUUUCAACCUUGUCGAUUCAUUUCGCCAUAAAAGUUUAGUGCAUAUGAAAAACUCAAGUCACUGGAACUCCCACGACGGAAGUGGGACUGGUCGUGAUUCGCCCCCGAAUAGAUCCACAAACAACCCGGUACUUCCACAACCGGAGGGGGCAGUAGCGGGGCACGACGAAGUGAGCGAAGGCGAUAGAGAAGCACGUCCUUCUAGUAAGAGUAACGAUCAAAAUGACACGGACGAUGACAUUAAUAAGUUGUCUGGAUUUGAGGAAUGGGAUCCUGAUAAACCCAAACGAAAGGCUAAGCUCAGGAGGGACGCCCCCUCCACAAAGUGUGAUGAAUCUGCUCUGAACUACACAAUGAGGGGCACAAGGGGUACCCUGGGAUCGACUCUCCCAAAACAAUACGUGCGUAAAAACAGCAGGGUGUUUGACAGUUUUCACGGUCAUACAGCAGCCUCUGCUGAGGGUAGGGCCAACAGAGGCGGCAAAAUGUCAUCCACUGGAUCAGCGUCAGGUCACCGCCUGAUUGCCGACGACGCAUGGUCCUUGUAUCGCUAGUGUGGGCUCCCGAGCAUGAACCUUGCUGUGGGUUUACCCGGAUAUGUGAUUUAUCACUACCAGAGUGUGUGUCAUCUCACACAGCUUAAGCAAUAUUGAAUCAAAUCGUUGACGUAGAAAGACGCUUUCGAUGAGCUGUUCUGUUGUUCUUAUUGGAGUACCGUCCACAACAGUGUUCAAACCGGUGGAAUCACUGAUGUUUUCGACUGGAAAUUGUUGAUCUCAGAAAGGCCCCAGACUUUUUGGGCCAAGUCGCGUACGUGGGAUGCCUUGGUGGUGGUGUACGAACCUUCUUCCUGGAGUACACAAGCUUU